AUGGCUGAAGAAGUACUGAAGUUAUUUGGUAUGUGGGCAAGCCCCUUUAGCAGAAGAAUAGAGUUAGCUCUCAAACUGAAGGGAAUACAAUACGAGUACAUAGAAGAAGACCUGUCCAACAAGAGUCUUUUGCUUUUAAAAUAUAAUCCUGUUCACAAGCAAAUCCCUGUGCUUGUACACAAUGGAAAACCAAUAGCAGAGUCACUCGUGAUUCUUCAAUACAUCGAGGAGACCUGGAAAACCAAUCCGCUUUUGCCUGAAGAUCCUUACGACCGAGCCAUGGCGCGUUUCUGGUCUAACUUCAUAGAUGAUAAGCUUUUGCAAACAAUACAGAAGGCUUGUGUGGGAAAAAAAGAGGAACAAGAGAAGGCAUGUGAGGAAGUUUAUGAGCAACUUAAGAUGCUUGAGAAUGAACUCAAAGGGAAGGAUUUCUUUGGAGGUAACACUGUUGGUUACCUAGACAUCGUCGCCAUUAUGAUAGCUUUCUGGUUAGAAGUAGUGCAAGAAGCUGCUGGGUUGGAGUUGAUCAAUGAAGAGAAGUUCCCAAUUUUACUCAAAUGGAGUAGGAACCUCGGCGCAAUAGAGGCUGCCAAUGAAUGUCGACCUCCAAGAGAGAAACUUGUAGAUGUUUAUAGAGCUAAAAUAGAAGCAACAAAAUUGGCUUCCAAGUAA